GCCGUAAAGUGUAGCGUUGAUGUUCAGAAUGAGAAGCUGUAACCUCACCUAGUGGAGUUAUUUGUUAGUUUUUUUUUAAGUUUAAGGCUAUUGUUGACGAAGACAGUUGCGUCAUCAUGUCAAAGCCCACUCUGCUUGUCCUGUACGGGAGUCAGACUGGUACGGCCCAGGACACAGCCCAGAGGAUUGCGCGGCAGGCACAGAGAAGGCAGCUGCAGGUUCAAGUGUUGCCUCUGGAUAACUACAACGUGGCCAACUUGAUCUCAGAGUCUCUGGUUCUUUUCGUAUGCGCCACAACUGGUCAAGGAGACCCUCCUGACAAUAUGAAGAACUUCUGGAGGUUUGUCUUUAAGAAGUCUUUGCCUGUUGGCUCACUGAGUCAAUUGGAUUGUGCCAUACUGGGCCUGGGGGACUCCUCCUAUCCUAAGUUCAAUUUUGUGGCUAAGAAGCUUUAUAAGCGCCUUCUGCAGCUGGGGGCCAGUAUGCUGCUGCCUGUUGGGCUGGCAGAUGACCAACAUGACUUGGGGUCAGACGCUGCGAUUGACCCAUGGCUCACAUCAUUUUGGGAGAAAGUGUUUGCCCAGUACCCAUCUUUGGCCAAUGUGAUUCCACUGAGAGAGGAUCAACCGCUUCCUCCAACGUACACCUUCCACUUUCUGGAUGAUGUAAAGGAGAAGACAGAGGACAGGCUGAGGAUUCCCACAGAGCAAACUGUCCCCUGCCAGUCUCAUCCCUUUCCUGCCAGACUAGUGUUCAACAGGAGAGUAACAGACAUGUCACACUUUCAGGAUGUGAGGCACAUAGAGUUUGAUAUCACUGGAUCCAACAUUAAGUUUGCUGCUGGUGAUGUGGUGAUGAUGCAUCCAUGUAACUUACCAGAGGAUGUACAGCAAUUCUGUCAACUGUUGAGAUUAGAUCCAGAGGCCAGGUUCACUGUCAGGGCCACAGACAACACUGCAAUUCCAGCCAGGCUUCCUCAGCCCUGCACCGUGCGCCACCUGGUGGAGAACUACCUAGACAUUGCUGCUGUGCCUCGCCGCUCCUUCUUUGAGCUGCUGUCCACCUUUGCCACCAAUGAGUUGGAGCAGGAAAAGCUGCUUGAGUUCAGCUCAGCGGCAGGCCAGGACGAGCUGCACAGCUACUGCAACCGGCCACGACGCACUGCACUGGAGGUCUUGGCAGAUUUCCCCCACACAGCAGCAGAACUCAAAGUAGACUAUCUCCUAGAUCUAUUCCCUGAGAUCCAGCCUCGCUCAUUCUCCAUCGCCUCCUCUCUCAAGAAAAGCCUUCUCUCCAAACAGACUCAUCCAGACAGGCUUCAGAUCCUGGUAGCUGUGGUUCAUUACAAAACCAAACUGCAUAAACCACGAAAAGGCCUUUGCUCCACCUGGUUAGCCUCCCUGGACCCCGCACAAGAGGAGGUGUAUGUGCCUCUGUGGGUGAAGAAGGGAACGAUGAAGUUCCCUAAAGAGAAGGACACCCCUGUGAUCAUGGUCGGGCCUGGAACAGGAGUGGCACCCUUCAGGUCGGCUUUACAGGAGAGGAUCCCUGAGGGAAAAAACACCAAUGUCCUGUUCUUCGGCUGUCGCUCUGAGACCAGUGACUUCUACUUCAGGUCAGAGUGGGAGGAGAUGAUGAAGGAUGGACAUCUGACCCUUUUCACUGCCUUCUCACGAGACCAGGAGGAGAAGGUGUAUGUACAGCACCGUGUGAGAGAGAACGCUGAGCUCCUGUGGGAUCUGAUAGCCAACAGAAGUGGCUGCUUUUACAUUGCUGGUAAUGCUAAAGAGAUGCCAACCAGUGUGUGUGACGCUCUGAAAGAGGUGUUCCAGCAGGAGGGAGGUGUGUCCGCCGAAGACGCCGAGCAGAUGCUGGCAACCAUGGAGAAGACGGGCCAAUUCCAGAGUGAGACCUGGUCCUGAUCACGACCUCUACCCACUGCUCCUCAGGGUUCACAUUGAAACUGCUGCUGCUAACGUGUUGACUGCAUGAUACAAUCCCUGCUGAUGUAUCAAAGUGGAGUCAUCCAUUAGUCAACAUCAGCAUACUCAAGCAUGGAAGUUCAUUAUUGCUUUGUGACAAAACAACCUCAGCUCAAAGGCCCACUUACUCGCUUUUUUGGAGCUUUCAACCACAUGUAGCAGGCUUUAUUUAGCUAUGGAGCUGGCUCAGGUGUCAUCACAUGACUCAAAUUUAAUUCUUAGGUCAACAAGUGGUUGUAUUGAGGUGCUGCAGUUAUAAUCACAGCCUGUGUUCGCUGCGUUCAGAUCAUAGCCUGUAUGAAAUAAGCCACCGUGACGUCACCCAUUGGAUUGUGGACUCCUGCUUGGAAGCCAGGAGUUUGGCAUUUUGGCCUUCGCCGUCUUGGAAUUAUGGAGCCAUGAGUGACCAUAUUUGGACGAGAGGGUGGAGAUAACCUUAAUGCUAGCUGUAGCUUGCUUAACAUGGUGCAUUUACAGAUAAUGUUAAUUGCGAUAAUGCAAAUUUUCACUGGUGAAGAACAAACUCAAAAUCAUAAAAAAUAAAAUAAAAAUAAUGGACCAACAAAACUGAACAUUUGACUCCUUAGAGGGUCUUUUAUAGGCAACCAAAAGGUUACAAUCAACUUGCAAGAACUAAAACCACACUGAAACAGGGACAGCCAUGGCUGCAAUUCCAGAGUGAGACCUGAAAAAACUGAAUUCACUUCUGUGCAGUGUGAAAACCCAUCAUUGUAUUGUUACAGUGUAAGUACAAUAUGUAAAUGAAGUGUGAUAAACUUCCCUCCAUCUUACCAGCGGCCAGAUCUGCUCAUCUCUUAGCUCAAAUACGCCAGAUGACACAGUUUUCACUGGCUAUAGGGCUGUUGCUCAACCUAAAGAUUAUACUUCCUCAUUUUUGUGUGCCGGCCGCCACAGACACAAAGGAUAUAGAGGUGGAUCCAGUGAGAUAGAGAUGCCCCCCUCUCUCUUUGCUUCUCUCAAACUCAGUCCAAAUUAAGAUCAAAUGGUAAAACUAGGCUGAUUCUGUUACUGUAUUGUCUAUUUUUCUCCUAAAAUGUUUUCAAAGUGCACUGUUAGGCUGUAAUACGAUAGUUUUUGAAGAGGAAGUGGGCGCCAUACUGUUUCCUGUAUUGUAAAAAUGUAGACUGAAAAAACUGAGUUCAAACAGGAAAAUUUAGGCAGUGCUGAUCAAAUAUAAACCAAGAUUCUGUUACUGUGCUGCCUAUUUCUCACCUCAAAUGUUUUCAUAAACAUAUUUUACUGCCCUGUUUAUCUGUCAUUUGAGAUUGCUUGUUGCCAGUUGGCCACCAUCACCCGCCAGUGGGAGUAUUUAUUGGUCCUGUGCAGGGCAGCAAAAGCAAAUUCCCUUUAAUCUGUUUUCUCUGGUCAUGUAGCACCAAUCUCAGAAGUAUUUGCAUCUUUCUACAGCAUUGACAAGUUUUAUGAAAAAAAAAUAAAUAAAUAAAAAAAUCUCUCCAGCAGGAAAAUACUUCUUUAAGGCCAUUUAUAUCCUUAAAGGUACACUAUGCAGGAAACAGCGAUUAUUGUAUAUAAACAGUAUUGCCAGUGAAAGUGAAAGCCAAUCCCAGAUUUUUUUCCUGCACAUUGUGAUUAUACUGAAUAGCAUGUUUGGCUGGGGUAGUGUUACCUAAGCCAGAUGACACCUGCAGCAGAAAGUGAUGUCUGCAGUGUAGGCAUCUCAUCCGUGUGUUUCCCUGACCAUUCCACUGUAUGAGACAGGUGGUCAGAGGGUGGAAAACAAACCCAUAUAAUAAAUGAUUUGCAAAACAGCCGUCAUGAACCAUGGUUUUUAUGGUCUGGUGCAGUGCCCCCACUCUUCAGUACAGCCCUUGGUGCGAGAUGACUCUGCCACUGUAGAUCGUACAGUGUCUUUCAAAGUCAGUGGACAACCAGAGGACAUUAUUGUUGAACACCAGAGACCAUCUUUGAACAGAGACAGGGAUAACCGUCUCUUCUCUUUAUACCACCUCCAGCUAAUAAGUGAACCUCUAAGCUGAGAUUAUUUUGUCAUGUAUAGCAUCAACAUAGUUUUGUUCAUGGUAGAGUUCAGGUGAUACAGGAGCAUGUUUCACCCCUCUGAAGUGUACUGUUUCAAUACUCUGUCAGAGUUUGUGUUAAAUGAAGAAUACCACAUGACUGAUGACGUCUGAAGCUUCAAACAUCUGGUGCUACAGAAAGUGCUUCAUUCAGUUUUGCAGCUAAACUUUGUGAUCAGAAGGAUAAGAAAAGAGCAGAAUAAUUAAUUAAUAUGGCAGUGUACACCAGAAAGACACAUUUGCAAGUAUGAUUCCAACUGAUACCGAGUGAAAAAUACAGUUAAAACAUAUGAGCCCACACUGGACUGAACUACACCAAUAAGGUGCAUUAAUUAUUUGUAUGUAGCAGGCUUUUUGGAUAAUGCAUUAAUUAUCUACUGUAACAUUGCACAGAGUCAUCUACAUUUAAAGCAGCACUUCAGAACAUAAAUAUUACACAUGCAGGCUUGUUGAAUAUUUAUUGCACACCUAUAAGACUAAAAACCAUUAAAAACAUAAAGGUGUCUUAGUGCUUCAGCUUCAGUCUUUAUGGGUGGCUGAGAGCCUGUUUAAACCUGGUAUUAACUUGUGUUCAGAUUUUGUACUGCCUACGUCACUUACUCUCGAAGGUCAUAGGGCCCAUGCACAAUUAUUAGGUCUGCACUCUUGCUAGCUGCUUGCUAUUUCCAUAAGAAAUUGUGUCAGUACAGCCGGAGAUAUCACUGUCUACACAUUAGCAUGCCUCCUUCCGUAGGGCAAAAUGGUGGACGCCAGUCACACAACACUUCAUCCAACUCGUCACAAAAUGACCAAGUUAUAGACUGUUUCAGACUUGACAUUAUAAAACUUCCAAAUUCCCUUUGUAUUUCCUGUUAGGAUGUUUUUGCUGUGUAUGUGAAUGACAUCAGGUCACAGGAAGUAAACAUGGCCUGAAGCUGUUGCCUAGCAAUGCAACUCCAGGGAAACGGUCUAUAUAGUGUUGUGUUGUCACCAAGACAACCACCACAUUCUGCAUUGAUAGCACCGUCCUUGCUGGGGAUGCAUCAGGAUGCAUUAGUGUUUACACAACAAAAGAUACCUGCUCAAAUGCAUCCAAGACCACCUCGACAAGUAGUUUGAGUGAUCUGACCACAGUGCGUCUUGGUGGUUGUUUACACUUAGCGCUGUCCACAUGAGAUCACCCAAACACAUGUUAAUACUAGCUGUAAACAGGGAAAAAAACCUAAUUUUUCAAAGAAAAACAAAAUCCCACAGCUUCAGUAGGCUUCAUCAGCCCAUCACAUGGACAAAGUACAGCUUAAAAUAUUGCCUUAUUUAACUGACUGAUAAUCAAUAAGCGGUAUCAGACAUGCUGUAGUUAUACAGAUUUUAAAGUCUGUUUGCUGGCUCAAUAAUAUCAGUUACACAGCAGUGUCGAUGUAACACUAGCUAACAUUAGCAUACAGGAACAAGUACGUCUCCAUUGUAGCAGCCAAACCCUUUCGUGUGUUGAAUAUAGCAAGGAUAAGUUGUACUGCUUAUAAAUUCAACUUCUUAUUUGUACGAGGCAGAUUGGGUUCUGCUUUUAGAAGUUACAGUCUCACUUUAAAGGUUCAAAAUAAAGCCAAUAAUAAUCUGUUUCCAGCAGCUGUAAUUGACAUUACAGUGGGUGCAGUUCCAGCAGGCUUUACCACUCCAUUUGUUUUAAUGAUGCCGUUCUAGAAACUCUGAAAAAAAUCACUUAGAACUGCACUCUUGACACUGUUCUGAUUGACUCUAAAACCCAUUUGAUUCUUCUAACAUCCAUUAAUGUGUCCAAAGGCGCAUUUCUGAAAGCCAGCACAGGCAGGAAGUGAGACUGUUUCCAUUUCAUGUGUGCAUUAUGAAUGAAGCAGCAGAGUAGCACUAAUAAGUGCAGAAAUGCAAGUGGAUGAGAAAACUUUCUAAGCAGCAAGGAGGUCCUGGGACUGUUGGGGUAAGGACAAGUAGUCUAGUAACAAUCGCAAUGCAUCGUUUUAGCCUGUUUUGAUGGAGGACGUCCCACAACACCUUGCAACAUCAGCUGAAAAAAAAAAUAAAAUACAAAAAUACAGAUAAUACAUCAUAAAUUACACCUUGCCUAGAAGUUUAGUUUUGAUGAGGAAAUGUGAAAUUCUAAGUCGUAGCCUCUCAAUAGACUCAGGAGCCCAGAGAAAAGGAUUAGUCCAUCCUGUCCAGAUCAUGAGCUUGCCAUCUUAAGAUAGCUCUACUAUCUGCCUAAAGAAUUGAACUCUCAAAGUUUUUUUCACUUCAUUAAUAACAGUGCCUUUAAUUGGGUGGUAAUCUUAAAAGCAGCAAAUGUGGAAAAUGUUAUUUUGACCCUUACAAAGCCAUAUAAAUAGCUCAUUUUUAGUGGAUGCUAUAUUGUGUAAUUAAAGAUUUUUUCAUAAAAUUAAAGUAUAACCUGACCUGACAAGAAGGGCGUUCCAUCAUUACUUGAUAAUUGUUAUUAUUUAUUACACUAUGUGAGCACAGUUUGUCUGUGUCAGUGGCUUACUAUGACUGACAAGUAGAAAAUGCAACUGUAAAAUGUUCGUAACAAUUUGAACACUGAGUACUGGAGUGGGUGAAACUUGAGGAAGCUGUAAACUUGACACGUUGACAUGCAGUAAGAUGGACCAAUGGUGCAGCAGUACACAGUGUGAGAUAUAACUGUGAUUGUUUAACAUAUGCCACAAUAAAACACCUGAAACCUACAUGAGG